UGUCGGGAGCGCGCUUUACGCCCGUAGUCAGUCAAACGUGCUGAUUUGAUGAUCUGAAACCGGAGCGAUAAACACACCGGGUUUAUUCGCGUGAUGACCGGCGUUUACCGAGCCCGUGACCGCCGACAGCACACUAGAGAUCGUCUGGAGCCUGAAAUGAAGCGAUUCUGCUGAUCGGAACAUUCUUAUAAACACAGCAUGCUUUAUGUUGAAUAACAGUAGAAGAGCCGUGUUAAUUUUUCACACACUGUCAGAUGAUGUCCCACAGAGCCAUAAAGCGCUGACGCAGCAGAUUCAGAUGCUGAUCUGAGCAAAAACAAGCUCUUUUUGGGAUUCACACUCGUACACUGAAUGCUCCGAUUCCUCGUAGUGUUAAAUUAGUGCAUUAUUAAUGCUCUGUUAAGCUCAUAGGAGAGUGUUUUGGUUAUUUUCGCACAUCAGCUGAUAGUAGAAUGAUGUUGUGUGUGUGUGUCCGCUGUGCUGCACGCGCCGUCAGCUGAGUGACCCCGGGGACUCCGUCCUGAUGGACCCCCAGCAGCCGGCGGUGCGGGACGCUGCCGUGGCCUCCUCCGUGCGCUUCACUGUCACCCCAACCAAAGCGGAGGAUCUGCCGGACACGUCCCCGGACAUCAGCGGCCGCUCCAACACCAGGGUCCGCUUCGGAUCCAGAGAGAGUGUCAGCGAGGCGUCCGCAGCCCUCAACACCUCCACAGGGGCCGAAACACCGGACCGCAGCCACGAACACGGUGAUGGCGGAGUGAAGCUGUCCAGCGUCUACAUCAACAACUCUCACGCUGUGGAUGACGAUGAUUUCUACGACAGGAAUCUGGCUCUGUUUGAGGAGGAGAUGGACACUCGUCCUAAAGUGUCGUCUCUGCUCAAUCGUCUGGCGAACUACACAAACCUCACACAGGGAGCGAAAGAGCACGAGGAGGCCGAGAGCAUCGGGGAGAAACGCAAGCCCAGCAAGUCUCUUCAGAUGGGCACGUUCAUGGGUGUGUACCUGCCGUGUCUGCAGAACAUCUUCGGGGUGAUUCUGUUCCUCCGGCUCACCUGGGUCGUGGGGACGGCUGGAGUCCUGCAGGCGCUGUGUAUCGUCUUCAUCUGCUGCUGCUGCACGCUGCUGACUGCAAUAUCUAUGAGUGCUAUCGCCACUAAUGGAGUGGUUCCAGCUGGAGGCUCGUACUUCAUGAUCUCUCGCUCUCUGGGUCCUGAGUUCGGUGGUGCCGUCGGCUCCUGCUUCUAUCUGGGAACCACGUUUGCAGGCUCCAUGUACAUCCUCGGAGCCAUCGAGAUCCUGCUGAUGUACAUCGCUCCCGGCGCCGCUAUCUUCGUUUCUGACACCCCUGACGGCGAGGCGGCGGCCAUGUUGAAUAACAUGCGUGUAUACGGCUCCAUCUUCCUGCUGCUCAUGUCACUGCUGGUGUUUGUGGGAGUCAAAUACGUCAACAAGCUGGCGUCCGUGUUUCUGGCCUGCGUGAUCAUUUCUAUUCUGUCCAUCUACACUGGCGCCUUGGUGUCUGCAUUCAGCCCGCCGUCCUUCCCUGUGUGUAUGCUGGGCAACAUGAGUCUCUCUCAGCACGAGCUGAAGGAUGGUCAGUGUGUGAAGACGCUGCGUGAGGUUUUACCGCAGGACUCAGUGAAUGGCAGCGAGCUCUUCAACAGCACUGCAGCGCCACCACCAGGCGUACCAGUGGAGAAAACCACAGACGUGUGGAGACUCUUCUGCAACAGCUCCGAGCUCAGCGCCGCCUGUGACGAACACUUCACACACAACGAGCUCACACAGAUACAGGGCAUUCCCGGACUCGCCAGCGGAGUCAUUAAGGAGAACCUGUGGAGCUCAUACUCUGCCAAAGGAGAUGUUCUGGAGCGCGGCUCUCCUCACUCCGCCCACAAACCCGCCGUGUCCAAUCACUAUCCUUAUGUGUUUGCUGACAUCACCACCUCCUUCACGCUAUUGGUCGGCAUUUUCUUCCCCUCCGUGACUGGUAUCAUGGCGGGUUCGAAUCGUUCUGGGGAUCUGAAAGACGCUCAGCGCUCCAUUCCCAUCGGCACCAUCCUGGCCAUUCUCACCACGUCCCUCGUCUAUCUGAGCUGUGUGCUGCUGUUCGGGGCCUGUGUGGAGGGUGUGGUGCUCAGAGAUAAGUUUGGGGACUCAGUGAAGGGGUAUCUGGUGGUGGGGACUCUGUCAUGGCCGUCGCAGUGGGUCAUUGUGAUUGGCUCUUUCUCAACGUGCGGCGCCGGCCUCCAAUCACUGACCGGAGCUCCUCGCCUGCUGCAGGCCAUCGCUAAAGACAACAUCAUCCCCUUCCUGAGGGUGUUUGGUCACGGUAAAGCCAAUGGUGAACCCACAUGGGCUCUGCUGCUCACUGCACUUCUGGCUGAGCUGGGCAUCCUCAUCGCAUCCCUGGACCUGGUCGCUCCGAUCCUCUCCAUGUUUUUCCUGAUGUGUUACCUGUUUGUGAAUCUGGCCUGUGCUCUGCAGACGCUGCUCAGAACACCAAACUGGAGACCCCGAUUCUCUUAUUACCACUGGACGCUGUCGUUUCUCGGCAUGACGAUCUGUCUGGCUCUCAUGUUCAUAUCGUCAUGGUACUACGCCAUCGUCGCCAUGGUGAUCGCCGGGAUGAUCUACAAGUACAUCGAGUAUCACGGAGCUGAGAAGGAGUGGGGUGACGGGAUCAGAGGUCUGUCUCUCAGUGCGGCUCGCUUCGCUCUGCUCCGGCUGGAGGAGGGACCACCACACACCAAGAACUGGAGGCCGCAGCUGCUGGUGCUGGUGAAGCUGGAUGAAGACGCUCAUGUUAAGUCUCCUCGUCUGCUGACCUUCGCCUCUCAGCUGAAAGCAGGGAAGGGUUUGACCAUCGUGGGGACCGUCAUCCCGGGGAACUUCCUGCACACCUACGGGGAGGCGCUCGCGGCGGAGCAGACUCUGAAGCACCUGAUGGAGAAGGAGCGUGUGAAGGGCUUUGUUCAGUGUAUCGUGGCCCAGAAGCCCCGCGAGGGCAUCAGUCACAUGAUCCAGUCCAGCGGUUUGGGCGGCAUGAAGCACAACACAGUGGUGAUGGGAUGGCCACACGCCUGGAGGCAGAGCGAAGACCCGCAGAGCUGGAAGACCUUCAUCAACACGGUGCGGGUCACCACCACGGCUCACCUGGCUCUGCUGGUGCUGAAGAACAUCUCCUUGUUCCCCAGUAACAGCGAGGCCUGCACUGAGGGCUUCAUCGACAUCUGGUGGAUCGUCCAUGAUGGAGGAAUGCUGAUGCUGCUGCCCUUCCUGCUGCGCCAGCACAAGGUGUGGCGUAAGUGUGCUCUGCGGAUCUUCACGGUGGCUCAGAUGGAGGAUAACUCCAUCCAGAUGAAGAAGGAUCUGGCGACGUUCCUCUAUCACCUGCGCAUCGACGCUGCGGUGGAGGUGGUGGAGAUGCAUGACAGUGACAUCAGCGCGUACACAUACGAGCGCACACUGAUGAUGGAGCAGAGGUCUCAGAUGCUGCGGCAGAUGCGGCUCUCCAAGUCUGACCGAGAGAAAGAGGCGCAGCUGGUGAAGGACAGGAACUCGAUGCUCCACCUGACCAGCAUCGGCUCUGAUGAUGAUGAAGACACCGAGGCCCUGAGCGCCGCUGAUAAGAGCGCGGAGCACCGGCGCGUGCACAUGACCUGGACCAAAGACAAGGCCCUGCAGCUGCGCAGCAACACACACACUCACACCGUAUCCUGCUGCAGCACACCCGAGGGAUUCAGGGACAUGCUGAACAUACGACCAGAUCAUUCCAACGUGCGGCGGAUGCACACAGCGGUCAAACUCAAUGAAGUGAUCGUCAAUAAAUCCCAUGAUGCUCGGCUGGUGCUCCUCAACAUGCCCGGACCACCCAAAAACCCAGAUGGAGACGAGAACUAUAUGGAGUUUCUGGAAGUUUUGACUGAAGGUCUGGAGCGUGUGCUGCUGGUCAGAGGAGGAGGAAGUGAGGUCAUCACCAUCUACUCGUGAUGCCACCGAGUGUGGUCAGAGGAGGAGGAAGUUAGGUGUGAGGUCAUCAUGAUGUCACAGGGUCUAAAAGGGAAGCGUGGCCAAUUCAACAUGUUCAGUUUAUGAUCAUUGACUGCAAUCCUUCAGUUUAGUUUACGCCACACACACACACACACACACACACACACACACACACACACACACAGAACAGAAGCAGUGUUUCAUUCAGAACUUGUGUUUUAGUCAUCUUGUAUAUGUGCAUGAGGAGAGGAGACACACACACACACACACACACACUUAUAAGGGACACAGAAUGACUCAGGGCUACAGAGACUCGAUCAGCAGACGCUUUUCAGAUGUAUGUGUGUGUGUGUGUGUGUGUGUUUGUGUGUGUGUGUGUGUUUGUAAUAGAGAAAGAGAGAUAUGUGUAAUUGUUUGUGUGUAUGAGUGUGUGUGAGAGAGGUGUGUGAUUAUGCAUGUGUGUUGUGUUCAAGUGGCUGUGUGUGUAUGAGUGUGUGUGUAUUGUGCUAUGAGUAUCUGUAUGUGUUCGUGUUUAAGUUUGUGUGUGAGAGAGAUGUGUCUGUGUGUGUGAGUAUCUGUGUGUGUUGUGUGUCUCAGUGUGUCGUGUGUAUGAAUAUCUCUGCGAGUUUGUUUUUGUGAGCGUGUGUAUAUACUCGUACACACACAUCCAGAUAAAUGCACACACAUACUGUACACACACACACACACACACAUACAGAUACACAUAACACAACCCACACAAAAAGUCUCACACACUCACACACACAGAGACGUCUCACACUCAUUUAAACAAUACGAUGUGUGUGUUUGUUUUGAGUGUGUGUAUAAGUGUGUGAGAGACUGUGUGUGUGUGAAUAUGUGUGCAUGACUAUAUGUGUGUGUGUGCGUGCAUUUGUCUGCAUGUGUGUGUAUGGUUAUGUGUGUGUGUUGUGUUUAAGAGAGUGUGUGUGUGUGUUGUUAUGAGUAUCUGUGUUGUGUGUGUGUGUGUGUGUGUGGGUAAUAGAGAGAGAAAGAAAUUGUGUGUGUGAGAGUCUGUGAGAGAGAUGUUUUAUGUGUGUAUGUGUAUCGGUGUAUAUGUGUGUGUGUGUGUGUGGGGGGGAGGUUGUUUUCUGAGUGUGUAUUGUGUGUAAGAGAGUUUGUGUGUGUUGUGUUAUGGGUUUCUAUGUGUGUUUAUCUUUGUGUUUGUAUCUUUAUGUGUGUUUGUGUGUGUGCAUUUAUCUGCAUGUGUGUGUAUGGUUGUGUGUGUGUGUUGUGUUUAAGAGAGUUUGAGUGAGUGUGUGUGUGUAUGACUGUGUGUGUGUAUGCGCGCAUUUAUCUGCAUGUGUGUGUAAUAGAGAGAGAUGUGUGUAAUUGUGUAAGUUUGUGUAUGUGUGAGUGUGUGAGAAAUGUGUGUCUGUUGUGUGCACGAAUAUCAGGUGUGUGUUUGAGAGAGUGUGUGUUUUAUAAGUAUGUGUGUGAGAGACGUGUGUGUGUGUGUGUGUGUGGAGGUAUGAGUAUUUGUCUCUCUCUCAGUGAGUGUGUGUAUCUGUGUGUGUUUCUUGCUUUCUCAGUGAGUGUGUGUUUGUGUGUGUGCGAGUCUUUCUCAGUGAGUGGGCGUGUGUGAUUAUCUGUGUGCGUGUGUGUGUUUGUGUGUGCAAGUAUAUUUGUUUCUCAGUGUGUGUGUGUUUGUGUGUGUCUUUCUCGGUGAGUGUGUGUGUUUCUCUCUCUCUGCGUGUGUAUGUGUGCACUUUAUCUGGAUGUGUGUACGAGUAUAUGUGUGUGAGUUUGUUUUUGUGAGUGUGUAAGUGUGUUGAAUGUGAGAGUUUGUGUGUGUGUGCGUGUCUCCCAGUGAGAGUGUGUUUUUUCUUUCUCAGUGUGUGUGUGUUUAUGCGUGUUUCACACUCUGUCACUGAAUGUGUGUGUGUGUGUGUGUG